ACCCACAAUGCCUUGAUCAUCACGACAACAAGAAAACAUGUCGGUGCCUACACUGGACGACUGCCUUACUUUUCAGUUACAAUUUCCGUAUAUCUGAGUCACGCCUUCAAGCUUGAUGGUUGCACAAGGCAAUGGCAGAAUCUAGUUUGGACCUACGGCCAUUAACGGCUCUGGAGAAUUUGGUUGGAGUGCAAAUCGGGAGUUUACAAAUGGGUGAGGGAGGCCAAGCAGUGGAGGAGGAGAGUGCGAGACCCGAUGGCGCGGACGCUGACCAACGCAACGCGAUGAAACUAGUGGAGGAUGACAGGGAAAUGUCCAGUGUGUCCCCUGGGGCUGUGGCCGAGGCUGAGGAGGGGGCGGGGAGUCCUGUAAGGGAAGGUGACAGUGGGGAAGGAGAACGUGAGGAGGCCGAGUCAGCGCCCCGUUUGGACCCCGAGCGGCCUGAGGAUGUCCCUCAGGUUGCACCUCUCCCCUUGGACCCCCCAGAGGCACUUCCCUCCCCUGAGGAGCCCUCGGCGAGUGAAGCGGAGCAGAGCAAUGUGGAGAAUACCGAACAAGUGACGGGGAGUGAGGUGGAGACCAGCAGGGCGUGGACUGUGAGUAGCAAGGAGCAGGAGCAAGAACCUUCCCCCACGGAGAGUGAAAUGUUGGUGGUACAGGAACCCGAGGCCAUGGAGGGAGGUGGGGACUCCAGUGCCAGCAGUGGGGGGGGAGAGGGCAGUGUGUCAGGCACGGCAGGGGCGGGGCCUGAGGAACAGUUUAGCUGGGACUCUGUGCAUUGUGUGUUCUGUGAUUCAAGUGCCCUGGACCAGGAGCCCAAGCUGCUGCCAUGCCUGCACUCCGCCUGCAACAAAUGUCUCACCCAUGAGGCAGCCGAGCCAGAGAUGAACAAGGACGAAGACAUUGUGGCCAUGGACCCGCUGAUCCACUGUCCAGUAUGCAAGAAGGGUUUCUCUCAGGAGAGCAUUCUUGACAACAUGUUUGUGUGUGAGGCGCAGAGCAACAGCGAGCGGGGACCUAAUGGCAGCGUGGAGGAGAGCUUCACCUGCACCUCCUGCAGUGACGAGGCUGUGGCGACCGGCCUCUGCACCGACUGCUCUGAGUGGCUGUGUGACCAGUGCAUUCAGGCCCACAAGAGAGUGAAGGUGACCAAAGACCACAUCAUUAAGGCCAAGGGGGAGGUGGACUCAGACUCGCCCUCCAAGACGCAAGUGAAGAAGUCCCUCUUCUGUAAUGUGCACUCUAAGGAAAAGUUGAACCUCUACUGCCAAACCUGUGACCAGCUGACGUGUCGAGACUGCCAGCUAAUAGAGCACCGAGAACACAAGUACAAGUUUUCAGAGGAGAUGGCAAACCUGACCCGGGAGAGGCUUCGUCAGUUUCUCAUGGACAUCCGGAAGAAGAGAGGCUACAUAGAGAACGCUAAGGAGCUCGUGGCCGAACGCAGGCAGCAGAUCCUCAACAAGCAGGAGUCAGUGCAGGCGGACAUCAACAGGCUGGUGGAGACGUUCAUUGACAUCAUCAGAACACGAGGCAACACGCUGUUUGAAUUGCUGCGGGAGGUGUGCAAUAGCAAGCAGGAGCAGCUAGACAAGAAGAAUGAGGUGCUGCUACACUUGGGCUCCCAGGCAGACCAUUGCAUCACUGUGGUGGAGGCCGUGCUCACCACCUCCUCCGACAUGGCUCUGCUCUACUCCAAAAAACUAUUGAUGGAGCAGGUGUUGAAGGUGGACAAGGACUCGCCUGACCGGAGUCUCUUUGACCGCUUCAAGGCAAAGCUGAAUUCUGGAGAUGACAUUUCCCUCAGGAUAUCCAGCGAGUCACGGGGGCUCGGCAAAGCUCUGAAGGAUGUGGGCUAUCUAUUAGUAGACAACAAGAUAUACCCUCCCCCUGAUGCGGGGCUGCAGAGCAAGGCCCGCUCGUCCCAGCCCUCCCCAGUGGAACAGGCAGCCUCACCCCAGCCCCCACAGCCCCCCCAGCCCCCAGCACUCACACCUAUGCACUCACACAUCCAGCAACAGCAGCAGCAACAACAACAGCAGCAGCAGCAACAGCAGCAGCAACAACAGCAGCAGCAGCAGCAACAGCAUCAUAUACAAGGCGGCAGCAACAUGCACCACAAGUUUCACACAUUUGGUCCAGCUCCUCCUGGCCCAGCGAACCCUCCAGGGCUGGUGAGGAUACAGCCCAAGCCCUCCACACAGUCCCACCCCGGCCCCAGCCACUCCAACUUCCCUCGUAUGCCUCAGCUCACCCAGGGCCGCUCCUCGGAUGUCUCCUCCUCUGUAUCCUCCACCACUCACCCCAUUGGAGAGAACAGUCACCUGCGUGGGUUGCUGGGCUCUGGAGGUACGUACAAACUCAAUACCUUCAACCCACACUUAGCGGCACGGCUGCAGCAGCACCAGCAACACCAGGGGCAGCCGAGGCACCAUGAACAGCAGCCUGCCAGCAGGCCGUCUCUGCCAUUCAGACAGAACAUCAACCCAGCUGCUGCCGUGGCCAUGGCCAACAUCUCCCAGAUGGCAGCCGUAUCUGCUGCCAGCAGCAACCCACUGGGCAUGGUGAACAUUGCCGCGCAGCUCAAUCCUCCCUCGGGCAUUAGCAUCACCCCUGUGCCACAGCAGAAGGCGCACCAGCAGCCACACCAGCCGGCGCUGCCACACCAGCAGCAGCACGCGCAGCACCAGAAGCAGCAGCACCUCACGCUGCACGGCAUCCUGCGCAACACACUGUCACAGCCCAACAUUGGCCCCAAGCCAGACUCAAGGCAGGCAUCCCCACACAGCACACAGCAGCAGCAGUCCCAUGUGAAGAAGGACAGCAGCUCCCCCACACCUUCCUGGCACAUCCCCCAGACAGCCGAGUCCUCCAAGUCAUCCCUCAACGCCUCGCCAAUGGUCUCCAUCCCAUCGGAAAACGUGGACAACUCCUUCAAGAUCAUGUUGGGGUCGUCUAAAUCUAAUGGAGGGGUGAGUUCUACUUCUCCUCCCACCACUACCACCACCACAACCUCCAACAACAGUACAACCUCCAACACUCCUCCAAACUUGCCCCCACUGACCAGGAUUUUAGGGUUUCGGUCCAUUCUCCCCAAGCCCUCAGCGUCCUCAGAGGUGCCAGCCGACUCCAGUAUGCCGUCCCAGAGUGUGGGCCAGGACUCAUCAUCAGAGGAUACCAAACUCAAAGUCAUAGCAGCUCCCAUGGUCUCUAUCAGCCUGUCAGCGCUCACCUCAGCCACCUCCUCCACCACUACCACCAGCGCCUUCACCAGUGCCAGGGUGAAAGAGGAGCCAGCAACCCGUGCCGACAGUUCAUCUAGUCCCUCUAGUGGUGUCACGAGUGCUGAGGACAGAUUACACGUCACGGAGAAUGGUGACGGCAGGAGUCAGAAGAGGAGAGACGAGCAGAACAAUGACAGUGAGGACAGCUUGCCAGGACUCACAAUAGACAUGGGCACCACAGACUCGGCUACCACGGUGCCCAGUGAGCCUAGGAACGGUAAAAACUUGGGCAUUGCACCGGGCACGUCUGUUCCCUGGAAGAAAGACCCCAAUGAUCCGAAUGAUGACUGGUGUGCCGUGUGUUGGGACGGUGGGGAUCUCAUCUGUUGUGACUUCUGUCCUAAGGUAUUCCAUGUCCACUGCCACAUCCCCACUCUGACACACCUUCCCACGGAGAAUGAGAAGUGGCAGUGCAUGUUGUGUACAGACAUCGACAGCCUGCAGCUCCCUGAUGCCAAUGACAAAUCAAAAAGAAAGUUGGAACUCACGACCCGAGAUCUCAAGGUGGCCCAGAGGAUACUGUUGGAGCUCUACUGCAACUAUGAAGCGUCUCAGCCCUUCAGAGAACUGGUGGAUCGGGAGUUGACGGAAUACUAUGAGGUCAUCAAGCACCCAAUGGCCCUGGAGAUUGUGAAGAGAAAGCUGGCCACAGACUCCUCUGACCCUUACCAGUGUUUGGAGGACUUCGUCAGGGACAUCAGACUCAUCUUUAAGAACUGCUAUGAAUUUAAUCCAAAAGACACAGAAAUCUACCAAAAUGCCAAGAUUCUAGAGGACUUUUUUGAGCAGCUACUGGAGAAGUGGUUGACAGACUAUGCAUUUGACACCAUGGAUGGCGUGCAGGACCCAGACACUCCAGAACCAAAGAAGAAAAAGAAACCCAGCAAGGAGCCAGAGGGUGUAUUUCACUUUCACUGAACUCUUUGGUUGGUAGUAAAUAGGAAAAAACACUUGUGCAUAUUCUCUCUCUCAGCAGAUCUUCGACAUAUGCAGACGUAAAGUUAGUUUUUUAUAUUCCCUGUGAAGAAGAAAAACAUUGGCCUUGUUGAAUUAAAUGAGUGGUCAUUUUUUCUGGGUUGAUAUUUGCCAAGAUCUCAGAGUGUGUAUUGUGAAGUGUGGGAGAGAAGGUGAGAGAAAGACAAUAAGAAUAUGAAGUGUAAGAAGAUAGAAAGAGGAACGAAAGGAAAGAGAAGAGAGAUGUAGCAUAGAGUUGUGCAGAUGAGAGAAGAAGGGAGGAAAGAAAAUAAGAAUAGAGAAGAGGUAGGGAGGCAGGCAAAGAACAGGAAGGGGAGGGAGGGUAAGAGAGAAAGAAGAAGAGAAGAAUGUGUUGGCAUUGAACUGAAGAACACACACACACACACACACACACACACACACACACACACACACACACACACACACACACACACACACACACACACACACACACAAAAAAAAAAAAAAAAGGUUGUUUUCAUGCCUCAUAUGUGACCAACAAACAUGUUCCUUAUUCCUGAUAUUGUGAAAUAUUUUAUGCUUUCUCCUGUUGUAGUAUACUUAAGUCCUCAUCUAUUUAUUUUUUUAUGAGUGAAGGAGGCUGGUUGAGGGCACAAAAAAUGGUUUAAGGUCAGUUCAAUUGCUAUUCCCCAGAAAGGUCAGUAGGAGAAAGGGUUUGCAAAAGUUUUGUUAACAUCUUGAAACUCCUCUCUUAAAACAGUGGCAGUUGUAGGAAGGUGGAAAAAUCAUAAACAGGUGGAGAGAUCCAGAGUUUAUCCGUGAAAGGAAUGAAUGAGUGAAGAUGCCUAUGUCUCUCAUAAGUAUGGCAGUCUGAAUAGUGAUGUGAGUUGGGAAGAGAAAACCAAGCAGAGUGUUCCAGAGUUUACCAGUGAAAGGAAUGAAAGAGUGAAGCUACUUGUUAACUCUUGUAUUAGUGAGCAGUAGUGAUCCUUGAAACAAACCCUUCACCAAAGAAGUGUCUCACAACAAGACAAAACCUUUUAUAUUACUCCAGUGGCUACUCUGUGUGGACUUGGCUUCAUUGUACUGUCCUUUGCUCAAUACCAAGCUAUGAUCCUUGAAACACAGCGAGUCCUCAAGGAGACACAAGGCAGACCCGAGGCAGACCCAGUGCAGGCAGCCAGGCAGACAGACAGACAGGUAGGCAGGCAGGCAGACAGACAGGGUAACAAGCAGAUAAAACAUACCAUUAAUAAGUCAAACCACAUGUUUUAUAUAUAUAUAUAUAUAUAUAUAUAUAUAUAUAUAUAUAUAUAUAUAUAUAUAUAUAUAUAUAUAUAUAUAUAUAUAUAUUUUUUUUUUUUUUUUUCUAUCUGUCUGUCUCUUUUUGUCUGUCUGUCUAUAUUUGUCCCUUCGUCAAGUAGGAGUGACCUAUUGUUUGCAGCUGUAGUUUUAUGAUGACAAUGAUGACGAUGAAAUAGCAAUGAUCACUUCUUUGUGCUAGUUAUUUAUUGUUUGUGUAGUUUUAUACAUAGUUGUUUGUGUGAGGAGGUUAAGUUCCUCUCUGUAUGUAUAGCUGCAUUAUUAUUAUUAUUUUUAUUUUUUUAUUUUUUUUUUUUUAUUUAUUUUUUUUUUUUUUGUGUGUAUAUUUGUUUGUUUAGAACAGUGACGAGUAUAAAUUUUCCAAUCUGUCUUUUAUAAAGACCUUCGCCUUUCAGUACACUGAGAUGAUUGACAGUGACACGUCCCUUCAUUCAUGGAGAGCUGGUGUGCAUGAGUCACCUGUGAGUAAGAGUAGAGGGGGUGGAGGCUGUGUUGCCAGCCUCCCUGUGCCUCACACCCUCACUGUGGAGGUGAGGGAGGAAGGUAUGGGAUGAGUGGAGUCCUGGCCAUCCUUCCUCUACCUCACACCCCUGCCUUGGAGAUGAGGGAGGAAGAUGGAGCAUGAGUGAGCACCCUGUCAGCUCUCUCAUUCCACACACUCACACCCUGGAGGUUAGGGGGAAAGGUGAGGCACGAGUGAGCUACCUUGUCAGCCUCAUCAUGCCUCCCAGCCAUGGCCUGGUUGAGGUGUGAGUGAGGCUGUCAGGUGCAUCAUGUGAGGGUGCAAGAACUAAAGGGAAAGUGCAAGAAGCCAAUUGGUCUUCAUAUGGUAGUCUCUGAAGCUCUCACAGUUCUGCAAGUGCUGCAGCCUGGCUGGUGUGAGGGUGCUUGGUGCCUAGUGACAAACACACAGGCAAGGAAAGCUGCCACUCUCCCUCCACAACCAACAAACACUUCCAAAACUUUUCACUGAAGGAAAACAUCUAAGGUUUCUUUCAGUAAUGCCCAGGGAACAGUCAUUGCUGUUACUGCACAAUGUUAAAUAUUUCCAAAUCUACAUACUACAUUUCAUUGUUAUGUUUGUGUUGUAUUCCAUUCACUCAUGUUCUGUAUUUUAAAAGUGACAGUUUGAAGACGCAACCAAAUUAUUACCUGUAAUAUUUUUCGUAAAAUCCUCUCGGUGAAUUUACCUGUAUAAUUUUUAUCACAAAAUAAAUUAACAUGAAAUUUAA